UUGGUUAACUCCCACCCUCACCCCGGGCGGGCUUCGGAGUUCUGCGGGCGGGCGAGCGGAGCCUCGUUGGGGAAACUGCAGCGCUUGAAGGAAGCGUUGGUUUAGUUCUGACCCCCAAAGUCCAGGCUUGGGUCCUCAGAGGGUGCGUUCUGGAAAGGCCCAGCUGCUGGCAGGGCUGCUUUUCCUGAACACGGUGUAACCACGUGAAGGUAGUUGGAGUCCCCUAGCAAUGGAUAAAUUCGUCAUUCGAACACCCAGAAUCCAGAAUAGUCCUCAGAAGAAAGCUCCCGGAGGAAAGAUUUACAAGCAAGCCACGAUUGAAUCUCUGAAGAGAGUUGUGGUUAUAGAAGACAUAAAAAGAUGGAAAACUAUGUUGGAGCUUCCUGAUCAAACCAAAGAGAAUCUAGUUGAAGCUUUACGAGAAUUAAAGAAGAAAAUACCCUCCAAGGAAGUGUUAAAAUCAACAAGGAUAGGUCACACUGUGAACAAGAUGCGUCAACACUCAGAUUCAGAAGUGGCUUGUCUUGCCAGAGAAGUUUACACCGAGUGGAGAAAUUUCAUUGAAAAACAUGUGGAUAGACCUUCUAUAGAAGUCCGAAGUGAUCCUAAAUCUGAGACAUUUAGGAAAAACGCCCAGAAAUUACUCUCGGAAGCCUUGGAAUUGGAGAUGGAUCACCUACUGGUUGAAAAUAUCGAACGGGAAACGUUUCAUCUCUGCUCCCGCCUCAUUAAUGGGCCAUACCGGCGGACGGUGAGAGCCCUGGUCUUCACAUUAAAGCAUCGAGCUGAAAUCCGGGCUCAGGUGAAGAACGGCACGCUGCCAGUCGGCACGUUUGUACAGACCCACAAAAAGUGACUUGAGGAUGGUUCCAACCCUGGGCUGGGUAGAAAGGAAAAUGGGCCUCUCUCUGGCAUUCAAAGAUUCUUUUGAGUUUGGGCGAUGGCUGAUGCUGGCUGUGCUGAAUUUUUUUCCCAUGGUGCUGUUCCUUCAGACAGAGGAUGCAGAGAGCCCUGGGAGACAGGCCUGCAGGAGGCGCUUCAUUAGCUGGAAUGCACUGGUGCUGCCUGACAGGUCGUGCUCUCACUGUCCCUAGGAAGCGCAGGACGGUUGCCAUCACCCAGCGCAGUGAAAGGGUGACAGAUUUCACUUGUGAAUAUGCCAAGGACACCUCUAAACUUCCCCUGUGUCAGGCAGAUGAAGUUACUACUUUAUUUCGCCACCCUGCAGGUAACUGAAACUCAAUUACUGCGGCUGCUCACUCGGUUCCAUCCCCCUGAGUUUAGAUCGCUCCAGUGCCUCUCAGAACUCCCGUCUGUUCUCUUUGCUCUACCCCAGGGGUGAGGCUGCCGGAGCCCGGCAACUACCCCUUCUUUCCAGAACUCACUUAUCUGAACGUUUCAGCUCUCCCUGGAAGACCUUCUGCAUUGGUCUCCGGAGCCCCCAUGCUGAGGCUUCUAAUGAGGAACUGGCCUGAAGCCUCCUCACACCUUGGGGUUUAUUUGAAUACGUUGGUUCUCUCGGUUUAGGGCUCUGUAGAAGAUAGAUACAUAAUGAAAUUGCUCCUGAAAUGAAUUACUGUAGGAGAAAAAUUGUAUACAUAUGUAUUUUAAAAUGAAAUACCUGUAUAUAGAUUUGCUUGAGCAAUUAUGUAAAUGAUAUUUGCUUUUUUAAAAAAGUAAUGAUAAAGUGGGGCUUUUUUCUCCUAAAACCAAAGGUAUGGCUUGUUUAUUGAAAAGUGUUUGGGGUUGAGAAAGAGUACAGUUGGUGAAAAUAAAGAAUGAUUGGACAGGAAUUUGAGGCGGAUAGCAAGACCCAAAGAAGGUUUUUUUGGUUUGGGGAGACUGGAGCAUGUUUGUAAUCUGAGAAGAAGGAGCGAGUGGAAAGGGGGAGAUUUAGGGAAUUCCCUGGCGGUCCAGUGGUUAGGAUUCUGUGCUUCCAUUGCAGGGGGCCCGGUUUCAAUCCCUGGUCGGGGAACUAAGAUCCUGCAAGCCGCAAGGCGUGGCAAAAAAAAAAAGAAAAAGAAAGAGAGAGAUUUAAAAUCCAAAAAAAGAGAAGAGAUGGAUUAAAAAGCAAGGACAGGGCUUCUUAGGUAGCGCAGUGGUUGAGAAUCUGCCUGCCAGUGCAGGGGACAUGGUUCGAUCCCUGCUCCAGCAAGAUCCCACAUGCCAUGGAGCAGUGAAGCCCAUGCGCCACAACUAUUGAGCCUGCACUUUAGAGCCCAUGAGCCACAGCUAUUGAGCCCAUGUGCUGCAACUACUGAAGCCCACGCGCCUAGAGCCCGUGCUCCGCAACAAGGGAAGCCACGGCAAUGAGGAGCCCGCGCACCACAACAAAGAGUAGCCCCCACUCCCCGCAACUAAAAAAGAAAACCUGUGCACAGCAAAAAAGACCCAACGCAGCCAAUAAAAAUAAAUAAAUAAAUUUAAUUAAAAAAAAAAGGCAAGGACACCCUUUCUCUCAUUCUGUCUCUCUCACACUCCCACACACAAACAACAAUUUUUUUCUGACACUCUUGACAAUAAGUUGCAUAUAUCACGGCUCUUUACCCCAAAUGACCAAUAAGCAAGAACUGAUGCUUAACCUCAAAAAUAUUCAAGAAAAUGCAAAAUCAGUAAUAUGAUGCCAUUUUUCACUGAUAAAACUGGAAAACAUUUUAAAUUAAAAUGCCAACUUCAGGUGAGGAUGUGGGGAAAUGGUUACUUUUAUGCACUGAUGGUGGGAAUAUGAAUUACCACAUCCCUCUAGGAAAAUAAUCUGCAAAUAUUUACUCAUAUUGAAAACAUAUACGUACAUUGACCCAGCAGAAAGUUUUCCUAAAGAAACAUGACACAAGGAUGUUUUGUGCAGCGUUAUUUGUUGGGGGGAAGACUGACAAUGAGAAGUCAUUAAAUAGAAUGAAUGACUUCUAUAUCCAUUGACCUGAAGUGUUGACCAAGAUGUAUUAUUAAGUGAAAAAAAAAAAGAAAUUUAUACAGAAAUAAGAAUCCAGUUUUAUAAAAAGGAAACAACAAAAAAAUCCUGUCUACGAAUGUAUGUCUUUGUACCGGAUUAUAUGAGCAUAGAGAAAUGUAUGAAAGGAUAUAUAUCAGGUCAUUUCCAUUGGCUGCCUUAGGGAGGAGAAGAGAGUCAGAAGAUGGCAUGAAAGGAGACAGGAGAUGGGGAAGAAAAAAGUUGGUAGCAAAAUGAAAUCUGCCCAUGUAAUGCUAUUGAAUAUACUUGUAUGAUUUUGUGUGUGUUUAUAUUUUUGCUCUGUUAAUGGAUUAAGCUUAUCAGAUAUUUAUUUUAGAGAAAUUAAAAAAAAACAAGGACAGAAAG